AUGUGGGCCGCCUUUGCUAGAAAUCCUCGGCUUUGUGUGCCGGCAGCGGUGAAGGCCUGCGCUGAGUUUCCAUUGAGAGCUAUUGCUGUGGCUGGAUCGGACAGCCGAGCGUGCUAUUGGCCACUCGAGCAGCGACGCGGCCUCAGCAACGGUUCGGACAGUCCAAGAGAAGAUGCGAUCGCGUCGAUACUUGAGUCGAAGAUAGAGGCAUCGAAAGCUGUCGUGCAUGAUAUCUCAGGGGGGUGCGGGAGCAUGUACAAAAUCGAGGUCGAGUCACCGUUGUUUCGGGGCAAGGGUCUGGUGGCGCAACACCGCAUGGUGAAGGCCGCUCUCGCGACCGAGAUCGCGGACAUGCAUGGGCUAACGCUGCUCACGAGGCCAUCGCCACCCUAG